AUGGCGAGCUAUUCAUUUUCAUCGCCGGGUUAUGUCAAUAUUCCUCCUUAUUACAAUACAACACCUAAUGGUUGUUCAGGUUUGAAUUUUCAAUAUUCAUUACCUGAAAGUUAUUCAACAACUGGUACUUCAUCAGUUAGUACUUCAUCUGGUGUAUCACCAUAUAGUACUCAACCGGCUUUUGAUACAACUUAUUAUCAUCAAUUUCCACCAUCUUUUAGUUAUCCAUAUUAUCCAUCAUCGGCAUAUCCUUCACCAUAUAAUCUUAAUGCAACAAAUCAAUUAACAAGUUCAUUAAAACCUUCGGAAGAAUAUCAAAAUGAAUCAAUUCCAUUAUCAAUUCUUGAUCAUUCAAAUCCAAGUACAUCGAAUUCUCCAUCACCAUCAAUAAAAACUGAUGGAAAAAUUUGUUCAACAUCAAAAUCUAAAACAAAUCGAAAUAGAAAUAAAAUUCAACAAUUAUCACCUGAUUUAGAUAAUAAUAUUGAACGAAUUUUUAUAUGGGAUUUAGAUGAAACAAUUAUUAUAUUACAUUCAUUAUUAACUGGAAGUUAUGCUCAACGUGAUCAAAAAGAUCCUCAAACAGCAAUGAAUCUUGGUUUACGUAUGGAAGAAAUAAUAUAUAAUUUAGCUGAUACACAUUUAUUUUUUAAUGAUCUUGAAGAAUGUGAUCAAGUACAUAUUGAUGAUACAUCAUCAGAUGAUAAUGGACAAGAAUUAAAUAAUUAUAAUUUUUCAACUGAUGGUUUUAAUUCACCAUCAUCAAAUGUGAAUACAACAGUUCGUGGUGGAGUUGAUUGGAUGAGAAAAUUAGCAUUUCGUUAUCGACGUAUAAAAGAUAUUUAUAAUAAUUAUCGAACGGAUAUACAAAGUUUACUUGGUCAACAAAAAUAUGAAGAAUUACUUCAAUUACGUUUAGAUAUUGAAACAUUUACUGGAUCAUGGCUCACAUUAGCAUCAAAAGCUUUAAAUAUUAUUAAACAAAGUUCGAAUGUAUUAUUAUACUAUUAA